AUGGUUAAAAAAUCUGAAUAUUUAGAUAAUGACUACAUUUUUGCCAAUGACUAUGUUUUUGAUAAUGACAUUGGUGCCUCAUACCACCACACUUAUUCUGCUUCCCAUCAACCAGGACUACGACCUGAGUCAACUGCAGCAGCCCGAGUCUCUGGACCACAUCAUCAGUAAACCAGCAGGAGUGCGCCGGGUAGACGAGAGGCCUGUGAUCACAGAGUCACAGUAUCCUGUCAGACCCAGUCUGCCACACCCUGGAGACAUAGGAGACUUCAUUAAUGAUGGUCUGCGGGCAGCCGACAAUGACCCCACAGCUCCUCCCUAUGACUCCCUGCUGGUGUUUGAUUACGAGGGCAGUGGUUCAACCGCUGGUUCUGUCAGCUCGCUCAACUCCUCCAGCUCAGGGGACCAGGACUACGACUACCUCAAUGACUGGGGUCCUCGUUUCAAGAAGUUGGCGGAUCUUUAUGGUGGAGGGGACGAUGACUGAGAGCGGAGCAUGGGGCUGGGCAAGGUUCGGGGUCAAGGGAGGCAGGGUCACACGGAUGUAUGCUCCUCCUCUACACCAAGGGCAGUGGUCAAGAUCGUGACGCAGGCUCUAAUGGUGGACAUGUGAGGAACGGACCUUUUUUUUGUGGGCUGUGUUUGUUCGUUCACAGCGGUCAAUUCCACAAACGUGAAUUCUGCUGCAACGCAACUGUGUUCUGGCUUUAUACCUUUAGUGGCAAGUUUGUAUCGUGAUUGACAUUGUGUUUUUAUUUUUCCCCCCAUUUUUGUUCUUCUCUCGGCUUGCUGAUCCCGGAGCUCUCUGGGGAACAAUCAAAGCACUCGUGAGAGACGGAAGAAGUGAAUUUGUGCUUUGAUUGAUUGUUAAAAGUAAAUCAUUUCCUGCUUUAGUCUCACACUGAAGAGAAUAUUUGGAGAAGGCACUCUCUAACUCUCUCUUUCACUCUGUCAACUUGAAUUUCCUUAGAACAGAAGCACUGUCGUUUUAUAAAGUGCCUUUUGUGGUGUGUGUUUUUCUAUCAGACUCCUGCAAUCUCAGGAUCAGUUGCCAGUUGUGCAGUAUAGCGGAGGCCCACUCUCCCUAUUGGCCACUUGUGCUCCUCAGAACCAGCCCUGCCUGUCAUGCUCUCGUCCCUUCCCAGCGGUGCAACUGCAGAAGCCCAGCAGCCAGUCCCAGGAGGGAACUACACAACCAGGGCAAAUAAUUGGAUAGUGAAUAUCGUAACCCGAUGAAGUAUAACCUAAAAGAAGCCAAUGACAACUGUUUUGGGUGCAGACAACUCUCUUCUCCAAGGACCUGCUAAGUUUGACUUUCACAAAGCAUCACCUGUCAACACAGCCACAGCUUCACACUGACAUUUUGCGAGACCAUUUUUAUACACAUGGGGUUUUUCUAAUUCACUGGAAAAUGCCUGCCUUUCCUCUGUGGACUCAUGACUUUAGGAGAUUUUUUUUUUUAUUGAAAUGUUAGCCUGCCCUAUUUGAUUUCAUCAUGCAUUCUCCACCCUGUAAAAUUAUGUAGGCAUGAUCUGCUCAGUCAGACACUGUAAGAAGGUAAACCAUGACAUGACUAGGAACUAAGGCAUUUGUUAAAGACCUCCUUGAACAUUCCCCUUUUAUAGGCCAACAGAGUUAUUCAAAGAUGCAUGUUUUUUUCCCCAAAAAUGUUUUACUUAAAGCACUUGUUACUACGUGAUGAGAAUGUGAAAAUAGUCAUAUAAUCUGUAUAAAGACACUGAGAAAAUAAAACAUGCUGUAAGAUACCUAUUUUUGAAGUAUUGAAGACAUAGAAGUUGCUGCUCUUUUUCUCUUGCUUGAAUUCGGGCAGAGGGGAUUUUUGCCUAUUCAUUUUUGACGUGGAUUUUUUGGGGGUUUUUUGUCUUUUGUUCGAGCACCGUUUUAUUUUAAAGAUGCCUGCAUUUAACUUUUUUGUUGUAAAAAUUUAUUUUAUCACUGUGUUACACUUCUUUUAUACAUACAUUAAUGUAAAACAAAAACAAAAUUGGCCUUCUUUCACUUGUUAUCCCUGACAGACGUGUUGCUCCCGUUGCCCUUUGGCCUUAGGACAGUGGAAGGUACAUUAGCCAUGCCUGCUGAUAACUGGUCUAUUAUUCACUGUAUUGCAAUUACUUUACUCAUUCAUCUAGAUACUGGAUGUGUGCUUUAGGAAAUAAACAUGUUUAAAAAAUGUCAUGCCAUUUCUCUUCAAAUGUGGAACUUUCACAGUCAGUGUUCAGUAUUAGUGGAAUCUCACAUAUGCAAUGAAUGUGUUUUCUGUUGCUGCAAACGUUGUGUUACUUACUGUGUUAUGUAUUCAAUCUCUUACAAAAUACACAAGAAGUCACACUGGCUCUAUAUUAAAUCACUAAUGAACAGAUGACUAUGUGAUGUGAAAAGAACUGUUUUAGCAGGAGACUGUAUAUAAAAAUGGAAAUGUCAUUUUGCAAUACCCAUGCUGGCCACAUGGAUCCAGAAACCUCUGGGUGCAAAAAACCUCCCAACAAAAUCAUCUCAUGAAAUACUUUUCCCAUGAGCCAGUUUGAUUUGAGUGACUAGAUUGUAUUGCCUUUACCACCAUCAUUCUCCUGGUCAAGAGGGUUGUAGAGAUAUUUCAUUUAGAAAAGCCAUAUUUUUGAGCUAUGCUCUCCUAGAGGACAGUAUCAGUUCAGUGCACCUGUUAUUUUGGACGGGCAGAGUUGUACUGCAGCCUUUGCAAUUAGCAGUAAAAAGAAGGAAAGGAGUUCGUAAAAAAGAAAAAAAAUUGAGGACAGUUUUUCAUUGAUUUCUAAAAGCAUAUAUAUAUAUAUUUUUUAUUUCAGUUUGAAAUAAAUCCUUACUUAAGGAAAGUAAACUAUAAAGUAACUUUUUUUUUCCUCUUAAUAUUUGCGAAUAUUUACUUUAUGACAAGGCAAUUCAAUCUAGACACAAAUUUAGUGAAACAAAAUGUGUUCAUAAUAACUUACAGUUCUUGCUGUUUUCAGUUCGUUUUUCAUCAUUAAAGCUGCAUUAUGUUGAAUAGAAAUAUCUCAUAUUUAGGUGAUAAGAUACAGGAGCAAGAGUGGGUUCCUACCUGCCAGAUGUUUUUGGGUUUGAAACCGCCUACUCCCCGAAGCCCAGGUUGUUGUGUCAGUAACGGCACACUGCAAUAACACAGUGUUUAAGGAAGAUAAAGAAUAUUAGACACUACACACUGACAUUUACAUUUAAGACAUUAAUUAGACAUCCUUCAUACAUGUGGUCAUAAAAGGUUGUAUUUGCAUAUAUCUUCUUACCUUUGUCAGUGAAACAUUCAAUUUCUAAGUCAUGGGGCAGAACUGAUUGAUCCAGGAUUAUUUGAGCCCCCUGUUGAUUGACCAUAAACACAAACACAAACUGCUAGUAGUCCUUUUUUGUUACAACUCGGAUGGAGGGGCACCACAGCAGUUUACGGGGUCACAGAGUAUGUUUGUGUCCAAUCCCGUGAUUUCAAUUAGUCAGCAGAACUGCCAAAAAGCCUGCUGGGGACUGAAAAAGGUUUUAAUCCUCUCUGGCUGUGUGUCUAUCAAUUAGCCACACCAUUAAUCCCCACGGCGUAAUCUCAUUAGAUAGAACGCCUUUAAUGAGACACGCGGAGACAAAGCACAGACGUAGGGAGUGGGAGAGAGUGAGAAAAAUGAGAGGAUAGCAGGAUGCAGGUAGACCAUGUGGGGAGGUGAUUAGCAGGAUGGAGGAGAGGGUCUGCAGAGGAGGAAGUGGGAUUCAAGCACAUCGGGGACGAAGCAUAUUUGGAAAAUGGUUUUUGGUAGUGAACCAAAAGGUCACGUGCAAACAAAUGAAAUGUGUCUUGGAAUCAGUAUCUGUAGAAAGGGCAGGUGGAGGUGAUGAGAGCCGAGGAAGCAGACAGGACUGGUGAAGGACACUGCUUUGAUUCCCUACUCAAACCACAGAGGAAAAACCUCCACAACGAACACAUUCAGGGAAAAACCUGAGGUUAACCUUCACAGCAGUGGUAAUGGAUUCUUUCAUGGACCUGGAAGAGUAGAGGACCAUUGUUCAGAAGACGUUUAUGGGCUGCACUGUUUUGAAAUAAUAAUCAGUUGAUAAAAAAAAGUCACAGUGUUCAAAGUCUGUCUACAGAUAAGAAGAUUAACUGCAGGGGAGGUUUCUUUGAUGGGUUUAGCUGAAGUUCACUUGGUUUCCCCGUGGCACAUCGGCAGAGUAGAAGAACAAAGCAAACUCUAGUUGCCUCCUUGAUAAAUGGUGCAUAUAGACUGAGAGCUUUGCUGCUGGCUCACAGCCAGUGCCUUGUGUGUUGUAAAUAAAGUUCUUCUCUUCAAACA